AUGCGAGGCAAUCCCGCGAAGAAAAUGAUGGAAUUAGAUGACAUAUCAUGUCCGGAUGCUCCCUCUGCCAUUGACUGGGGGACGAGAGGAGCUGUUUCUGAAGUUAAAGACCAAGGCCUAGAUUGUGGUGCUUGUUGGGCUUUCGCUGCUGUUGGAGCCAUAGAAGGAAUCCACCAAAUAUCUUCACAGUCGCUUCUGGAUCUUUCUGCGCAGCAGUUAGUAUCUUGUGAUGAGACCUGCAAUGGCUGCGAUGGAAGGUGCUUUAUUAGAGCAUUUAAGUAUGUCAUAAAGAACGGUGGCAUUGCAUUAGAGAGUGAUUAUCCUUACACCGCAGAAGACGGUCCUUGCUAUUCCUCAAUGGGAAUCUUUAGAGGAGAUGAAUGCAGAGGGUUCAGAAAACCUAAUCAUGAUAUGCUAGCGGUUGGAUACGGUUCAACUGAAGAUGGAAUAGACUACUGGAUAAUCAAAAAUUCAUGGGGAAUAGACUACUAG